AUGGAAAAACCUAAUCUUUUUAUUAUAUUCAUGUAUAACCCAGCAUGGCCAAAAAUUACUGCUAAGCUUCUUUAUAAUCAACAUGCUUCUGAUCAUCCUGAUCUUAUUGCAAGAGUAUUCAAUAUGAAACUACAAGUUUUAAUAAAUAACAUUAUUAAGAAUCAUAUUUUUAGAACAGUUGUUGCUUAUAUUCAUGUUGUUGAAUUCCAGAAGCAUAGUCUUCCUCAUAUAUAUAUCCUUAUUAUUCUUAUACCGGAUGACAAACCUAAAAUUGUUGAUGAUUAUGACAAUAUUAUGUCUGCUAAAAUUUCUGAUAAAGAUAUUCAUUCAAAUACUUAUAAUACUGUAAGCCAAAUGAUGAUGCAUAGUUCUUGCAGCUUAGCAUAUCCAAAAGCCCCAUAUAUAAAGGAUGGAAUAUGCUCUAAGAAUUAUUCAC